AUGGUUAUCUCGUGGACGAAACUCCCCCCUCCGUCGAGGGUUCCCUACGCGAUCCCUCAAUUGGAGGGGGAGCGUAUCACAAUUCCUGGCAGUAAGGGAGUAUUUCGCAUUCUGGCAUCUUCAAAGCAGACAAAUGGUUUAAUGGCCGUUUUCCAAAGUGGCGCAGUGCUGUCCGAUGCACCGGGAUUCCAUUACCACAACCACGCCCACGACGUAUUUUUAGUUACGAAAGGCUAUCUGAAGUUAUGGAAUGGAGAUAAAUGCCGCAUCAUGGGCCCAGGUGACUUUGCAUAUGUGCCGCCGACAGUCGUUCAUAAUCCCGAAAUGUUAGGUCCACAUACAGAAAUCUACGGCCUGAUCACUCCCGGUGACUGGGUUGAUUUCUUCCGACAUGUCUCUGAACCCUACGAAGGGCUACUUGUUCCCGAGAGUGACGACCGUGAUUUAAAGUCCCUGUUGAUACCCAAGGUUAUGGCUGCGAAGGAAAAGUUUGAUGUUGUUUUCCAACCAAACUACCAACCCCCAGAUGUAGGAGACUGGACAAAAGAUGAUGAACGUCUCCCGGACUCCUCGGAGCCGUUUUACCUACGUGCUAACACCGGCCCAAGGUGGAUGUUGGGGGGUGUUAUGUCUCGGCCAUUCAUCACAACGACCCAGAGUAACGGGGUGUGCGCAAUUUCAAGCAUUGAAUCAUCCAACGAGUAUGGCCCUUCACUACUAUCAAAGGAUAUGACGUUCCACGACGUGGAUCACUGCUUGUGUAUUCAAGAGGGAACCUUGGUCGUCCGUCUAAAGGGCUUACCGGAUGCCGUCUUCCGUGAAGGCGAGACGGUGGUCAUUCCAGCAGGUCAGACAUUUACCCUUGCUUUCAACAGCAGGUACGUGCGUGUCUGGUCUUUCACAGAUGGCAAUGGUAUUGAGAGCCUGGUGCAUCGGCUGGGGAAGCCAUUUGAAGGCGUUACUCUGCCUGAUACCGAGUUGGAAUGGGAUUCGACCCAGGUCGGAUCUGUUGCAAAAGAGCUCAAUGUGGAAAUCACCUUGUAA